UGGCGUGGAAACAGCCCUGAUUGCAUACUCUGCAUAUCGCAAACUGUAAGCGCGAGCUGGCUCGCCCGUCUUCGCCCGCUCUCUCUCUCUCUCUCUCUCUCUCUCUCUUCUCCCCUCUCCCUUGUAUGUGUCUCUCUUGUAGGACUGGCUAUGGCCACCACUACUUCCGGGUUCCGUCAUUUCAUUCUCCCGCCGAUCAGCGCCGCAAAACUGAGCCUCUUCUAUAAGCCAGCCAGCAGCCAACCUGCCAACACUCACUGACACUCACUCAUCUCAGAGGGAGAGGUGAAGAGGGAGACAAAAUACCUACCGGGAGGGGGAAAGGAAAAAAACAACAACAACAACAACAACGCGCGCGCACACACACACUCACCCAACCACGCACAUACACACGCACACAAAAAGAACGGAGGAAGUCCACGUUUUGCAAACUAUUCCAUUUUUCUUCGCAUCCUACCCCACCCUCCCCCUCCCGGUAGUUUUUUUUUUUUUUUUUUUUAAAGAACCUAUAGCUUUCCUACAAGCAAAAUCCCAAACGCGGACUUACUGAGAGAAGAAUCCUGAGGUUAAAAGAUUCCUCUUUUCUUCUUCUUCUUCUUCUUCUUCACCAGCCAUCAUUCAUUCACUACCUUGACAUUCCAUGGCUUUGAUUGACAGCUGGAGUGGCAAAAAGCCAUGAGACACGACAGUUUGGUUACAUGUGGGUUGCUGACGGGCCGAUCGUAACCUUCAGUGUGGGGCUUGACGACUUUUAUGUUUAUUUUUUUAAAAAAAAUAAUACCAUCAUAAUUUUUUUUACGUAAAAGAAGAAAAAAAAAGGAAAGACACAGAAAAGGGAAAUAAAGAAGAGCACGCUGGGGAAACAGACAAACUCUACGUGGUUUAUUUUUCCCUACUUUUUAUUGUUAUAACGAUUGUCUUUAUGAAUAUUUACGCGUAUUGGAGAACUCUAUAAGUGGGUCGGACAAACAAGGGAAAAGGGUUUUUUUUUUCUUCCUUUCCUUCUUCUUCAGUCACUUUGUUGGUGGUGUUACUGGACUGGGAUAUUAAUUAUAGGACACAUCCCGGAGUUUAUUGGAGCGCAGACUGAUGGCGCAAAGGCUUUUCCCCCAACAGCGCGAUUUCCCUGCUCCUCUCUAACUGCUCAGUGGCGCGCGGUUUACAGGGGGGAAGGUUUGCCUUCUGCUGCUGCUGCCGCCGCCGCCGCCGCUUCUGCUGCUGUGGCUGUUGCUGCCGCUGCCUGGGAAAUACAGCUACAUUUGCUGCUUGGUUUAUCUCUGAUUUUGACAAGGACAAGGGGGAAUUGCGACUAAAUAAUGUUUCUGUACGAUGAGCUGCCUCAUUACGGCGGGAUGGACGGAGUAGGGGUACCUGCUUCCAUGUAUGGAGACCCUCACGCCCCCAGGCCGAUCCCCCCAGUACACCAUUUGAACCACGGGCCGCCACUGCAUGCCAGCCAGCAUUAUGGAGCCCAUGCCCCGCACCCCAAUGUCAUGCCGGCCAGCAUGGGAUCGGCUGUCAAUGACGCCUUGAAGCGGGACAAGGAUGCAAUCUAUGGGCACCCGUUGUUCCCUCUGUUAGCUCUGGUCUUUGAAAAGUGCGAGCUCGCCACCUGCACUCCCCGAGAGCCCGGAGUGGCCGGCGGAGACGUCUGCUCCUCCGACUCCUUCAACGAGGACAUCGCCGUCUUCGCCAAACAGGUUCGGGCAGAAAAACCACUUUUUUCUUCAAAUCCAGAAUUGGAUAAUUUGAUGAUACAAGCGAUACAAGUCUUAAGGUUUCACCUUUUGGAAUUAGAAAAGGUUCAUGAAUUGUGUGAUAAUUUCUGUCAUCGGUACAUUAGUUGUCUGAAAGGCAAAAUGCCCAUAGACCUAGUUAUUGAUGAAAGAGAUGGCAGCUCCAAAUCUGACCAUGAAGAACUCUCAGGAUCAUCCACAAAUUUAGCUGACCAUAAUCCUUCCUCUUGGAGAGAUCAUGAUGAUGCAACGUCAACGCACUCAGCAGGCACACCAGGGCCUUCCAGUGGGGGCCAUGCUUCCCAGAGUGGAGACAACAGCAGUGAGCAAGGGGAUGGUUUAGACAACAGUGUAGCUUCUCCCGGCACAGGUGAUGAUGAUGAUCCAGACAAGGAUAAAAAACGUCAAAAGAAAAGAGGAAUCUUCCCCAAAGUAGCAACAAAUAUAAUGAGAGCGUGGCUUUUCCAACAUCUCACACAUCCGUAUCCUUCAGAGGAGCAGAAGAAACAGUUAGCCCAAGACACGGGACUUACAAUUCUACAAGUAAACAAUUGGUUUAUUAAUGCCAGAAGAAGAAUAGUACAGCCUAUGAUUGACCAGUCAAAUCGAGCAGGUUUUCUUCUUGAUCCUUCAGUGAGCCAAGGAGCAGCAUAUAGUCCAGAAGGUCAACCCAUGGGAAGCUUUGUAUUGGAUGGUCAGCAACAUAUGGGAAUCCGGCCUGCAGGACCUAUGAGUGGAAUGGGUAUGAAUAUGGGCAUGGAUGGGCAAUGGCACUACAUGUAAUCUUCACCUUGUAAACCAGUCACAAAGCAAGGGGGAAGUUUGCAAGGCAUACCAGGGGACUACAUAUCUCAGGGUGGUCCUAUGGGUAUGAGUAUGACACAAUCAAGUUACACUCCUUCCCAGAUGACCCCUCACCCUACUCAAUUAGAACAUGGACCCCAAUCCAUUCAUAUUUGCCAAGUCACCCCAUCACCCAGCCAUGAUGAUGCAUGGAGGACCCUUUACCCAUCCUGGAAUGACCAUUUCAGCACAGAGCCCCACCAUGUUAAAUUCUAUAGAACCCAAUGUCGGUGGACAGCUUAUGGACAUUCA